AUGUCAGAAGAUAUAAAAAAAAUUGCCAAAAAAGAAAUACAUACCACACUUCUUUUUUGUAAUUUCUUCAUUCGCAGAAUAGGAUUAUCGUUCGUUGAUGAGAUACCAAAUACAUUAUCACAAAAACUUAAUGUAUUAUCAGCUUUUAUAGGAGGAUCAUCUCUAGUAAUUUUGAUAUUGACUGGUGAAUAUGCCUAUAUAAUUUUUUUGUUGGCUAAUUCAGUUUCUUUGGAGAAACUAAUUGGUGGUAAUGUACAUGUUGCCGGAUAUGGUACAAUGAGUUUUGGAAAACUACUGACUAUUUGGUAUAAGAAAAAUUCAUUUCGGCAAGUUGUUAACGAUCUUGUCGACGUUUGGCCCGUUCAUGAAACAAAUCCGGAAGCGGUUGCUAUUAAACAUAAAAGCCUUGCAUCACUGCGGUCAAGACAGAUGUUGUAUAUCUUCUGGAACGUAUUAGGUGUUCUAUUAUAUAGUUUGACACCAGUAGCUUUGCAUUUGUAUCGAUUAGCCAGAGGUUUGCCCUCCGAACUGGGCUUCGUGUGGCAGAUAUACUAUCCCUUUGACAAAACGAACUCAAUUGUUCACGAAUUUGUUUAUAUAUUCGAAUCAUUUGCUGGUAUAGCUUCAGUUUGUUCUAUGCUUGGUUCAGAUGUCUUUUUUAUAACGAUGGCGAGUCAUAUCAGUAUGAUGUUACGUAUAUUGCAAGUUAAGAUAAGGUCUCUCGGCAUGGAAAUGGCUACAGAUGGUAAAGCUAUUGGGGGAUUGUGUAAUUGUUAUGACGAAAUUAUUGAAGUGAUUAAUAUACAUCAGAAGUUAAUCAGGUAUGGAAAUGAUCUGGAGGACGCUUUUUCUGUGGUGAACUUGAUAAAUGUACUUAUAAGCUCAGUCAACAUUUGUUGUGUAAUGUUUAGUAUAAUAUUUCUAGAACCGUUAAUGGAAAUGAGCAAUAAGUUCUUUCUUGGAGCUGCAUUAACUCAAAUGGGAGUAGUGUGUUGGUACGCUGAUGAUAUAUACAGAGCGAGUGUCGAGGUAUCGAAUGCAGUAUUUGAAAGUGGAUGGUAUAAUUGCAAUGCACAGUGUAGACGCAGUCUCCUUAUCAUGCUGCAGAGAUCUCAAAGACCACUAUAUUUCACUGCAUUGAAAUUUAACUCGAUAACAAUGAGGACAUAUACCUCGAUUCUUACAACGUCGUAUUCAUACUUUGCGCUGCUGUAUACAUUAUAUCGUGAAAAUUAA